AUGGCGACCCUGGGAGCAUGGAGCACGAAGCACAAGGUUACGGUAGUUGGAUCUGGAAACUGGGGUUGUACUAUUGCAAAAAUCAUAGCAGAGAACACAAAAGAACAUUCCGAUUUGUUUGAAGAGAAGGUUCAGAUGUGGGUGUUUGAGGAGGAAGUUGCGAUACCCAAGGAGUCAAAACACUACAAUGCCUCCAACGAUAGUCCUCAAAAGCUCACCUCUAUCAUUAACAAUUACCACGAGAAUGUGAAGUAUCUGCCAAAUAUUACUCUUCCAAGCAAUCUCAUCGCCAAUCCCUCCCUUGAAGAUGCAGUUGCGAACUCCUCGAUUUUGAUCUUCAAUCUUCCCCAUCAAUUUAUUGGACGCAUUUCCAAACAACUUCAAGGACACAUCCUUCCAUUCGCGCGUGGAAUUUCUUGUAUAAAGGGUGUGAAUGUGACAGCCUCGGAGAUCAGUCUGUUUAGUGAGUGGAUUGGUGAAGGGUUAGGAAUUUAUUGCGGAGCACUUUCCGGUGCCAACAUUGCCAAUGAGAUUGCAAUGGAGAAAUGGUGUGAGACUACAAUUGCAUACGAUCCUCCUCCAAUGGACUCGCGUGCUGCCACUCCAACUGGACCAUCCCCAUCGAGCUCUCAAGUCAAUCUCACCAUCACACCGGCAGAUGAAGAACAUAAAGAUGUCAAGGGAAGGGUUAGCAAGACAAAGUUAAAGGCUGUACCAUCGGAAUAUCCACCGUUGGAUCAUGCCUUGUUCAAAACAUUGUUCCAUCGUCCCUACUUCCAUGUCCGGAUGGUUUCCGAUGUGGCAGGAGUCUCCCUCGGUGGAGCACUUAAAAACAUUGUUGCAUUAGCAGCGGGAUUUGUUGAAGGGCGUGGUUGGGGAGACAAUGCAAAGGCCGCUGUUAUGCGAGUAGGCCUUCUUGAGAUGGUUAAAUUUGGUAAGGAAUUCUUUGGGGAGACUGUUCACGCUGGUACUUUCACCGAGGAGAGUGCUGGCGUUGCCGAUUUGAUCACCAGUUGCAGUGGUGGACGAAACUUUAGAUGUGCGAAGCUUGCAGUUGAGAGAGGGGUUCCAGUUGAUGAAGUUGAGAGGACGGAAUUGAAUGGACAAAAGUUACAAGGAACUAGUACCGCAAAAGAGGUCAAUGAGUUCCUCAAGUCUAGAGGAAAGGAGGGCGAAUACCCAUUAUUUACUGCUGUUAUUGAUAUUUUGGAGGGCAGAAACACUGUCGAUGAUAUCCCGGACUUGUUGGCCAAGGCGGAUGAGUAA